AUAAUUCAGAUAUUAAAUUAUACAAACUUUUAAAAAAUGGAAUUUAUUAAAAUAAACAAUCUUUUACGAAUUGUGACACCCACAAUACAAAUUCAAAGAUAUCGAGGAAAAAUAAAUAUACAAAGACCCAGAUCACCUCAUUUUCAAAGACAAUUAGAAUUAGAUUUUACUAAAUAUAUAAUACCUGCAAAGAAAAUAGAUCCUGUAGAACGAUGCAAAAAAGAAAAAUUAAAGAUACAUCAUGAUCUUGCACUAGAAAAUCCAUACCAACGAAUCAUUGCGAAUGAAUGUCGAAAUUGGUUUGAUCAUUCGAAAAUGGUUGCGAUAUUCCAUUUGAAUCCAAUGUCCAGUGAUGAUAUGUUUAAAAUACAAGUUCCUUUACAACUAUCGAAUAUGUAUAUUAAACGAUAUGGUCGAUCCAUUUUAAGAAUGGCAUUUGAAAAUACUGGUUAUGAAGCAUUAAUGCCGUUAUUUCAAUCACAAAGUUUAAUUGUAUUUAGUGCUGAAACACAAGUGUCAAAGCUCUUGAAACUUGUACGAAGAACUCCACAAUUUAUUUUGUUAGGUGGAAUUAUUGAAGGCCGAUUAUUGAAUAAGGAAGAUUUUACUAAUUAUAGUAAAUUACCCGAUUUACAAACAGCUAGAGCACAAUUUGCACAGUUAUUAUUAAGUGCAGGAUCAAAUAUUACUAGCCAAUUGAAUCAACACCAAAGCAUAUUAGUUCAGCAUUUAGAUAAUCGAAUAAAUCAACUCAAAGAUGCAGAAGAUAAAAAAUAAUGCAUUUUACAAUAAUAAAUAUCUGCCAUAUUGUGUAUUUUAGUUUAAAUAAAGAACGUUGACGAUAAAAAAUAAGCCAUUUUACAUAUA